AUGUCUCCAAAAUGCCCAGACAGACUGCUACCAGAGAUUCAAUGGAAGCAUCUGAAACACUAUGUUGAUUACGGGAAGAAGCUCAAUCUUAAUCAGAUUGGAGCAACUGUCCCAGCUACAGUUCCUGGAACUCCUCCAGCGACAAGUGUUAUCACUGGUGGAACAUCGAGUGUUGCGGGAAGUGUUAACACACCUUUGCGACUUGCUGGUACUACAGGUAAUCAAAUGAUGCAAGUUCCUUCAGGAAUGCAGCUCAUGCAGAUAACAACUCAAGGUGGCGGCACUGUUACUGUCCCUUACUCUAUGAAUGCUAACGGUGAAAUUGCGUUCAGUGGAAUGCAACUCAGCCAACAAGGCUUCAGUGGUGCUCAAGUGCGCCAAGGAUUUGAUGCAACUCCAGCUCGAACUCCGCAGGUCGUGAAGACUGGCUAG